ACCAAAACUGUCAUUUAUAGCAAUAAAUAAAUAGUGAAGGGUUAAGGGGAUAAAUUUUAGUAAAAAUAACUUUAAUGUUAUAUAAAACAAAUAGAAUUUGAUAUUGGUUAUCAAAAUGUGCAUUGGUCUUUAUUUAUUUGUGCCUUAAAACAUAAAAUCUGGUUAAUAAACAUUUAACCUCCCAUCAAAUUGCAUUUUUCGAAUGUCUGCCGGGUGGUAAUUAAAAAAAUUCAUAGAAAUGGGUUCGGAAAGCGACGAUAUGAUUAUCGAGGAUGUUGAUGAAUCAUUCCUAAACAUUAAAGAGAUCAAUGAUGUUGAGUUUGAUAUACCUCCAGUGGCUCCUCCCUCAUUGGAAAGUAUUUUGUGGGAUAUGGAAUCAGAGGAGGGCAGUGAUAGUGCCUCCUUGCACUCAUUCCAAAGUAUGACAACCAAAUUCCGGUCCAUGUUAUACCAUUGCAUCUUACAAGGUUUAUCCUCACAAAUUUCAUCAGCUGGAGAAAGGGCCAAUGCAGGACUUCCCACAGUUAUAACAAAUAGUUUAAAAUUUGUGGCUGUUGGUACUUCUCAUGGUUUUAUCUUAGCAUUUGAUUCUGAGCAGAAACUUUGUUGGUGUUCACAUGAUAUUGCUGAUCAAGGAGCAGUUUCAGCACUUGCUUUCAAUCUUGAAUCCACAAGACUUCUUGUGGGUUAUGAAAGGGGCUAUAUUUCGAUGAUAGAUGCGACGAGCGGUGAUGUAAUCCGAAAACUUCCAGAUGCACAUGCCCCUCAAACCGCCGUUCUACACCUUAGAUUCACGUUCGUGAGCAACCUGGCGCUUUGCGGCGACUCCUCGGGUUGCGUAUUCAUACUGUCGUUUAACCGACGUCUAGGCGUGCGUAGUUGGGACUCGAAAUGUUUGUUUUCGGGUGCGCGCGGCGAAGUGUGCGCCUUCGAACCUCUUGUGCAAGGAUAUGAUACAAAUUUUUUGAACAAGAACAUCCUGGUGGCCAUGGCUACAAUGUCUAAGGUGAUUGUAAUUUCGGUACGUCCCAAACUGAAGGUACUAUUCAGUCAGCAAUUGCCCAGGAUAUCUACAUCCCUCCCCUUAAUAUCGUGGCAACUAGUCUCAGUAGGCAAAACGUUUCAACCCGUGCUGGCGUGGGCUAGAGGAAGCGAAUUGCACUACACUAGAGUUCUAACAUACGGUCCCAACAACAACAAAAUAAGACUGCUACCUUUAAGGAGCGUGCAACUCCCGUAUACACUAAAUGCAUUGCACUGGCUCGGUACCAGACACCUCGCACUUCUAGACACAAGCGAGAACCUACGUCUAGUAGAGGUGCGCACUCAGCGUGAACUGGAGAUGCUUGAGGUGGCGAGUGCAGGUUUAGUAUAUAGUUCCGCCCACUUUAAAGCUCUUGCGGUUGGCGGAGGGGUGAGCGAAGCCUUCGCCCUAGCGGGGGAAAGGGCGUGUUAUAACAGUUUAUCUAGUCGAGGCAAUCAGUUGCUUAUCUUAGGAACCAAGGCUGUCCACAUGGUGAAGCUGCGAACGUGGCCGGAGAGGUUGUUUUAUCUUAGCGAACAGGGACGAUGGGCGGAGGCUUUAAACUUGGCUGCCGAGGAGGGGACGAACAAAGAAAAGUUUACGUUGUCGCUCCUUAAUAAUUAUUUGGAAAGUUUGAAUCAGAACACGGUCGAUCUGCACAGUUUGACUGCCGCCAUCAAUUGUUGUGUCAGAUUAGAAAAAAUCGAUAUACUCUGCAAUGAGUUACUGGAUGCAGUUUCAACAGACAAAAACAAUGAAGACUGGUACUACACAUUACUGACUGAUCACAUUUGCAGCAGACUGUUGACCAUAUUAACACCAGCAGUUGCCCAGACCUUAGUUAGCCACUUGGAAAAAAAAGACCCUCAAACAUUAGAAAACAUUCUCCUCAAUUUGGAUAUCAGUUGUCUAGAUCUUCAUCAAGUACUAAAUCUUUGUAAAAAACAUAAACUUUACAAUGCCUGGAUUCAUAUCACCACGAAAACUUUAGGCGACUACACCGGACCACUGACUGAAUUUUUAGGCGAACUGAGCCCGGAUAAUCAUCGACUCGGCAACACCAUUUUAGUCUACGUUUCUUCAUGUUUAGCAGGUUUGGGUUAUCCCAAUGGGAACAUACCGGAAGUUGCUAUACCAAGAGUCAAGCACGACGUUCUGAGAUGUUUGGAGACUGCCCAUUCAUUUAACGCCAAGCCGGACGAACCGACGUAUCCGUAUUUAAGAGCUCUGUUAAAAUAUAAUACCAGAGAGUGUUUGAAUGUUGUUGGUUUAGCAUUUACAGAAGCCGAGUUUUCGGGGGAAAUGGGACAUUUGCAAAGGCAAAGAUUGGUGCAGAUACUUUUGAAAAUUGUCAUACCACCUGAAUUUACUGACGGUCAAGUUAUAAAUUUGGCUUGUUUUAUUACUCGCCUGGUAGUAUCAAAUAAUCUACAAAUUGAUGAUGGAAUGAUGAGCAAUUUGAUGCAUUUGUUAACAGAAACCACAGGUAAUUCUCUAUCGUUACGCGAUCAUUCUGAAAAGGAACAAUCAUGGCUUGAACUACUAAACGGCAAUAAAUUGACCCAUUUGAAUUUAGAACAACUUCUUAAAAUGGCACUAGAGUCAAAAUGUUAUAGAGUGGCGGAAAAUUUGUAUGAACGACUAGGAGAUUAUAGCAAUAUUUUAGACUGUUAUUUAAAAGACGAAGUGCGUAAAUCAGAAAUAUUUAACUACAUCCUAACUCACAUAAAUACAAGUGAACGCUUAAUCCAAGAACAAUUUAUGGUAAACUUCGCCAAAUUAAUCGAUGUUAACUACAAAAAGACCAGCGAAAUAGUGAUAGAAAACUAUUCGGAAUAUUUAGAGCAGUUCAAUGAAAUCUUACAAUCCACUCCCGAUUUACAAUACAAUUUUAUACACGAAAUAGUCUGCAGUGACCUAAAACUACCCUCCCACAUCGCCGAGCAAUACUUGAUCCAACUGUGCGAAAAAGAUGAACCUUCAGUUGUAAAAUACGUACAGAACAGUACAUGCAGGCCGGAACAAGCUCUUCAAAUCACUCGGCAAUACCAAGUCCACGCGGCAACCGCACUACUUUUGGAACAAGCGGGAGAAUGGAUGGAAUCAUUGGAAAUCCUCCUCGAACACGAUCUGACCGACGAUGCAGUCGGCCUUUGCAUUAGAGGAGCGGAACACUUGGACAACCAAGAUUCUCAAAAACUGUGGCUGAAACUGCUGCAGGAAAAGGGCCAAUCCCAGACCACAUCUUUGAGGCAACUACUGCACGCUGCGGCUCCCCAUGUGCCGCCAGCGCAACUUCUCGAACUCGUUUCCAAUGCCAAUUUUGGAGAUGUCAAGGUUUUGCUGAGGGGGAUGCUAAGCGAUUACACCCACGAUGUAAAUAUGUUGUCCACGACCCUGAAAUUGUUGGGGAAGGACUUGCACCAUGGUUUAGCAAAGGCGUUGUCAUUAGGUGGUCGGGGAAUUUCCGUGAUCUCUUUAAUAUGUAAUCUGUGUCAGAAAUCAGUUUCAGUUCAAAAGGAACUGGAGACUGAUAGAAACGUUGUAGUUUGGGGUUGUGGUCAUUGUUUCCAUUCCAGUUGUAUAAAUGCAUCUGAGUCAAAUGGUUUAUGUCCUCAAUGUCGAAUGAAAGGAACAUUGUUGAGAGCAGUGAAAACCAAAGAUAUUACCUUUAGUCAAGUGAAACCACAUACCAGACCUAAUUUAGAAGGUCAUUUUUAAAGUAAUUGUCUUUAUUAGGAAAUACCGUAUUUAUUGUACACUGAAUAAGUCAAUAGGAAGUAGGUUUGUAUAAAUAUUUUAUGUAUAAAUUUGUGAUAUUUACAUAUAUUUUUAUCAUUUGCAUAAGAAUACCUAUACAUAUAUGUACAUUUAGGCAAAUAUAUUUAUUUAUUGUUA